GCUGAUACAACGAAAUAGCGCGGCAUUGCGCUACGUACGUACUCUGCACAUGCUCUAGCUCUGCCAAAUACCUGUAACUGUUAAAAUGGAAGUCGAACGGAGACGUGUAGACACUUUCGAGGGCACAUUUCAAGCCCUAAAAAAUGAAAUUGCAAAGCAAGAUCCGACGGUGCUUGGUGUUGUGGUAGCUGUUGUGGUUGUUUUGAUAACUGUUGCUUUCCUUUACCUCCUGGCGAGACGGAAAAACAACAAGCGCUCUGUACUCCUCAUGGGGAUCUGUGACGCUGGCAAGACAUUGCUCUUCAGCAGGUUGGUUCACAACAAGUUCAUCAACAGCUUCACCUCCAUUAAGGAAAACUCCGGUGUCUACCAGCUGACAGGGAGGAAAUCGGGAACCCUUGAGGUCGUCGAUCUUCCUGGGAAUGACCGGCAACGUAUGAUAUUCUGGGAGCGUUUUAAAAACCAAGCAAGGGGGCUGAUUUUCGUCGUGGACAGUGCCGCCUUUCAGAACGAGUUGAAAGAGGUGGCGGAGUUUCUCUACACCCUGCUGAGCGACUGCAUGGCCAGCCGCACCAAGCUGUCUGUGCUCAUCACCUGCAACAAACAGGAUGCGGCCAUGGCUAAAUCCAGCAAGGUCAUCCGGGACAAGCUGGAGAAGGAAAUCAACACCCUACGGGUGACCAGAUCAGCAUCCCUGGGCAGCACUGACGGUUCGGCCGGCUCCGAGGCCUUCCUAGGAGCCCGGGGGAAGGACUUCGGCUUCGCUCAGCUCUCCCCGGUCAGCGUGGAGUUCGCCGAGUGCAGUGCCAAGGGCAAUAACGAAGAGGAUGGACAGGCGGACCUCAACGCAGUGGAGGAGUGGAUACACAGUAUUGCAUGAGUGGAUUCACCAUGUGGAUCCACCUAAUUGAUUAGGUCAACAGGUGUUUAGAAAUGGAUGGAUGCACCUCUUGCGAUAACUGGCCUACUACAGUCCACACGAACAUUCGGAGAGGAUGUCUGCUUGGUGUAUUUGUACAAGGUUUCUGUGCCUGCCACGUCUAUGAAACCAGCCCUCCCAGAAAUGCACAUUGCUCAUGAUGUUUUUAGUGACGGACACCUUUCCAUAAGCACAUUCUCAGUCUGGUCUGUGUCUGGUUACGUGUUCUGCUCUUUUCUUCUGCAGUGUCUCCCUAAAUUUAUGAAGACGGACAUAAGGCUCACUGCUUCACUGGAAAGGUGUCCUUAUUGUGAAUGUGUACAGGAUUCUUGACUCAUUGUCCCUGUUUUGGAAAAAAUAAUCCUUGUGAUGUACUCCUCAGAAUGGGAUUAGCCACUGAAAAACUUGUACAGUAUGCUAACUUCAUCUAGCUAAAUACAUGGAGGACGAUUUGUUUAAAGAGCCCUCGUUAUCUGUAUUUAUGUAAAGCGCGACAGUUUUAAUUGGCUGAUAUCUACCAUAGCAGCCCCAGAAGCUCACAUCCCUUUUACGUUAUCAGAGGUUACACAAUGUUUAAUUGUCCAAGUUUGCUGAGAAUUAAAACACUUGCCAGUACAGGAAGCACUUUCUGA